GUGAUGGAAGGCGAGGGUCAGACCUCGAGUCUCCUUUACGAGGUCUUCUCUCCAUUGUCUUCGUCAUCCUCCGCUCCCUCCAACUCGCCAUUCCCACCACCACCUUCUUCUUGGCCUUCGCAUCGGAGCUGCUCCCGUACCAUGGCACUCCACUGAUUCCGCGUUCAUGCUGCUGAGAUUGUCGAUGCCGCUGAUUCUCGCUAGUUCCGUCACGUUCGUCAUCGGGUUCAUGUUGAUUCCCUGGGUGCUGGGGAUGCUGACCGUGUUCUACUUGGCCGGGAUCGUCUCGAAUCUGUCGGUUUUGGGGCGAGCCAUCCUUUUCCCAUCCAGCCUCUUCGGCCCAAUGGUGGUCAAAGCAACUGAGGCAAGUUCCAAAUACAGCAUGGUAUUGCAGACCAACUAUUGUCUAAACUUCCAACGGAUUAGAAGAUCUCUGCUGGGAAUGCAGGCUGUCUUGUAUUGGUUGUCUGUAGACAGUUGGGUGCCUGCUAUUUUAACUGUUCUUCGUGCCACUCAAUAUGAGUAUAUUAGCCUACGCUGAGAAGAAGGAACAAAGAUUCAAAAUUCUGCAAGGCCUGGAACCAAGAGAGAGAUGACUACUGAUUGGGGGCCGGUGAUUGCCGCGGUGGUACUCUUCAUCCUCCUAUCGCCAGGGCUGUUGUUUCAGCUGCCGGCGAGGACAAGGGUGAUUGAGUUUGGCAACAUGUACACUAGUGGGAUCUCAAUUCUGGUCCAUGGCAUUCUCUUCUUUGCAAUCUUAACCAUCCUGGUGAUUGCCAUAGGUGUUCAUCUGCAUGUUGGCUGAUCUGAUCACAGGUGGUGUAAGUGUUCGCAUUCAACUUAGUUUUGUCAUCUUUAACAGUGGUUGUCUGAUGUUUGUACAAUGCAAAGCUCAAGAACAAGCACUAGUCAUUUAAAUGGUUUCAAAUCUGAUGAAGAGUUGGAUAGUUUUGUUUGAAACGACUUCGUUUCUAUUGUUCCUUGAAAGUCCUAAUAAGAAAUUAUUACCUUGCUUA